AACCACAACAAAAAAGCCUCAAAGAAGAUGUUGCGCGUCCUCUGCGUGCGUAAUGUAUGUCAAACAUGGGCGCAAGAAUAACGCGAGUGAUUACAAACUUUAAUUUAGAGAAUCGCGCUCACAGAGAAAUCAGUAAAUUAAAACCUCGAGCAGCACCAAGACAUCCAACAUCAGAAAGUCUUCCCCAGCAUAAUACUGCAGCAGGCAACAUGACAGAAGACAUUAACCAGAGGAAUGAUCCACUGCUGUCCAUGUUGAAGAAUGUUUAUGUGGAGUCUAAAGAUCCAGUAUCUCAGGGUGAAGACGUUUCCACAGUUAAUAAGGCAAAGCAGGAGACGGAACGCAGGCUGCUCAAGUUCAGUCUACCAGGCGACCCUUAUGGUAUCUGUGAUGUCACUGAUGUUCCAAAAGGCAAGCUGACUCUUGUAGAAGCUUUAACUGUUCUGAACAAUCACAAACAAUUGCCUAAAACAUGGACUACAGAGAAGAUGUCACAGGAAUACUCUCUGGACCCGAAAGAUGCUAAAGCCCUGGUGGAUUUCUUUAUUCCCUUUGAUGUCAAAAUCAUCCCAGCAGAGUCAGCAAAAAAUAAGCAAAUUAAUGAUUCUUAGGAGCACCCAUUUGAACUUGGAUGCUACAAUACAUUUGUCUUGACAUACUAAUUGCACUGUCAUUCAAUAGUUGGUCUUUGUACAGUAUAUUAGAAAUAUAGCCCUCCCCCAAUCUUUUGGGCAGUAAUUUUUCUCUGUACUGUGUAGUUAUAGAAAUAUAAUUAAACAUUUUACCAGUGGUUAAAGUCCACAUUGGUUGUUAUUAAUUGUCAUACAUUUUGGUUUCAAAUUACUUUUGAAUACAUUUUUAUGCAUAGUUUGAAAGAACAAAGGCGUGCUCUAUAAGUGACUGUUGGUAAUAAAUUACAAAUUUUUGAGAUAAGGUUCUAAACAUCUUCAUACAAGUCUACAGUAUGUUAAAAAUGAGUAAAUUCAUAAAAAUAAAAAAUACUGGGUUAUUCA